GCAUCAAAUCGAUAACACCAAAUAACAUUUGUUGAUCAGCAAACAGCAGCUCCAAGCAAGGUUUUUGAAUUGCAGUAUUAUUAAACCACGCUCGACACUCGCAGCGCUCGUACGUGGAAGUCGUUCAACAAUCGGCCAUAAAUAAUACCAGUAGCAACAGCAAGAACAACAAUAGCAUUGGAAGAGAGAAACAAGUUUCUUUAUUGGUAUAUAUAUAGAGAAAAUCGUUAAAAAACGGCUGUGACGGUGAUUGUUGCGAUGGCAGUGGGUACAAAAUGCGCAAUUGUCGUUGUCACCGUGUUUGCUGUGCUGCUGACUAAUGGCGGCAUCGGUUUGGGUGUUGUGGAUGCGCGCCGUAACCAGGGCAGCAACCAACGCAGACCAUCAUCCAGCAGCAACUCGGGUCAUGUGACUCAGCCCAGCUACAGCAGCAACAGCAAUGGCAAUGGCAACGGCGGCAACUCCCACGCUGAUGUUGCCAAACUGAGCUAUCCCAAUUACAAUUCACAACCAAAUCGUCCGGCAAGUGGCGCUAACUCCAACGCUAAUCAAAAUCCGCCAGCUGCUGGCUGGAAUGUACCGCAACAUGGACCGCCGCCCUCUUAUUCCGCCUCGAAUCCGGCUGGUGGCGCACACACCAACAUCCAUGAGCCACCGCCAGCGUAUCAUGCGCCCAACUAUGGUGCACCCGGCUCCAAUGUGCAUCAGCCGAUAACAGCCACCCAGAAUCAUGGCCAGCAAUAUUCGGGUGUGCCACCGGGCGCCACUUAUUAUCCAGCUGGCAGCCAUAUGCCCGCCGGCAGUGUCUAUCAACCUAGCGGCGGCUAUCCAUCGGGUGGCCUGCCCGCUGGCGGUUAUCCAUCGGGUGGCCUGCCCGCUGGCGGUUAUCAUCCGGCUGCAGCUCCACCACCGGGCGCCACAUAUCUCCAGGCGGGCGCCGCGCUGCCACCUGGGGCCGUUUACUAUCCGCAAGCACCACAGCAAUCCUCCUCCUCCGGCCUGGGCUUCGGAACUGGUCUGCUGGCUGGUGGAUUGGGCGGUGCUCUGUUGGGUCAUGCAUUGACUCCGUCGGGCGGUAGCAGCUCAUCGCAGCCGGUGGCUGCGGCGCCAGCGCCUGCCGCUGGUCAGGAUCGCAUCAUUAUUAUCAACAAUGGUGUGCCUGUGAAUGCCAGCGAUGGCACCACUGUCAUCAAUGCAAAUGGCGCCCCCGUGGCCCCCAUGGCCCCCAUGAAUGCCACUCAAAUGGAUGCACCGCCUGCACAUCUCGCCCCAUUCUCGCCCACUAAUGAGACCAUGCCGAUGACCAAUGGAACAGAUCCGGCUGCAGCAGCACCACCACCACCGCCUGGCGGCAUCAUUUGUGUGCCCACCAAGGUCAACGAAACAGAUCCGGCCGAUAGCAGCAAAAUGAUUGAAGUGGAGAAAGUGGCCUGUUAUCCGGCACCACCGCCGCCAGCCGCUGCGCCCGGCGGUGCACCCGUACCGCUGGCUCCGAUGGCCACCAGUCAGCCGCCGCCACCGGCAAUGCUUCCCCCAGAUCAGGCAGCCGUACGCUCCAGCACCAGUGGCGUCAGCAGCCAGUUGGUCAGUAGCCAGUUGUCACUGCUCGUUGUCCUCCUUGGGGGCUGGCUCUGGCGCCUUGUCAUCGUGGCGAACUGAACGGGUCACGAUUAAAUCCAAUUAUUGCGCUUAGCACUCUUUAGUUGCGACACUAGAACAACAAACCCAAAACGCAAAAAGACAACCACCCCCACAACCCAAACCUAGUCGUGCCCGCCCCCACCGCCACCCCCAACACCCGCCUCCCCGCAUUGCAGCGUACCUUUGAAAUUAUGCAUUGUUAUCUAGUAGUUUUACCGUUGUAAUCCGUAUUUUGCCGAUGACUACGCCUGAUAUUAACCAGAAGGCCUUCAAUUGUGAUGAUGAUAUUUAUGAUGAUGAUAAUUGGCAGCUAUCCCGCUAUCAAGGAAUACAGAUAUUAACUGUGAAUCUCGUACUUUAUAUAUAUAUUGAACAUUCGAAUGUGGACCAUUUUUAUAGGGCAUUGAUCGCAUUGAUCCCAUAUUCCCGUAUACCCUACACCUCUGCCCACAUACAACCCAUAAAAGACAACGAUAAUCUCAGUGAAUGUAUUAUAUGAUAUAUUAAAUUUGUAGCAAUUGUUGCUUAAGCGUUAUUCGUAGAUGCUUUUUCAUUAGUCUUGCACCCUUUUAUUAUACAAUAUUGUUUUGUCAACCAUUAUUUUUCCUUUUUGUUUUCUUGUUUGUUUUUAUUAAUUAUUUUUAUUCUUAUUCUUGUCAAUUGACUCAAUAAAAGCUUAAACAACACGCCGCACCUCAA